AUGGGCGUCUAUGACGGCGACGCUGAAUCUUGCUGCAGCUGCAGCAGCAGCAGCAGCAUGGACACUGAUGACAACGACAGCAGUGAUUGCUGCUGCGCGCGGAGCAGCAGCAGCAGCAGCAGCAGCAAGAGGGGCUUGUUUACUGUGGAAGAGCUGCAGCUGCUGCUGGGGACUUUGUCGCCGCUUGCUGCUCACCGCAGCUCCGACGUUGCGCUGCUGCUGCAGUGGCUAGCUGUUGUGUUUGCUGCUGCUGCUCCCCCCAAGGCCUCAGACUUUCUGGAGCGCACACACGUCCCAGCAGCAGGCCCUGCUGCUGCUGCUGCUGCUCCCAGGGCUCCGUUGCAGCACCAAAUAAAGACCGAGCAGACAGGUGACACUGCAGCAGCUCAUCCUGCUGCUGCUGCUGCUUCUACGGAAGAGCAGCAGCUGCUGCCGGUCCCGCUGCUGCACGCGCUGCUGCAGGCGACGCAGUCCUCAGUGGCAAGUGUUCGCCGUGCUGCACUUUUGCUGCUGGAUAUGCAGCUGGUGCAGCAGCACAGGGUUUACCUGCAGCAGCAGCAGCUGCCGCCGAGGCCCAUGGGCUGCGUCGACAGGCUGCAGUUGCUGCUGCUGAUGCCUCACUGGGGGGUCAUAUCUACUCGCAACGUGCUGCACACAAUUGUGUCUCUUAUGCUGCUUAGCAGCAGCAGCAGCAGCAGCAGUAAGGACAACAACAUAGAGCUGCUGCUGCAGCCUCCGCAGCCCCCGCGGCAGCUGCUGCGGGACGCUGCUGCUGCGCUCCUGCCGCCGCUGCUGCCGCAGCUGCAGCAGAGCCCUGCCCUUAACAGCACGAACGAAACCGGCGUGCUGCACCGCAUAAUGCAGCAGCAGCAGCAACAGCAGCAGCAGCAGCAGCAGCAGGGUGCAGACUCAACAGCUAUCCCUCCGCCAGUAGCCAGUGGCAUCGCCGCAUAUUCGGCUGGCAUGUCUCCAUUCCUAGCGCAGCAGCAGCAGCAGGAGCAGCAGCAGCAGCACCAACAGCAAGAGGAAGCAGGCCAGAGCAUUGAAGUAUACCUGCUGCUGCAGCAGGCGCAGCAAACCCCAGGCUUCAAAGAGUGGCAGCAAUGCCUGGAGUCCACGCUGCAGCAGCACGCGCGUUUCUGCGCGCAGCAGCUGCUGCCGCCCGCCACCGCACAGCAGCAGCAGCAGCAGCAGCUGUGUCGCCUGACGGACGGGGAGAGCUUCUGCAGCGGACUUGAAGUUGCUGCUUUCUUCUCCAUUCCCCUCACGGAGCUGCUGCUUGCUGCUGCUCUCAAAGCAGCAUGGGCUGUUGCUGCUGAUGAGCAGCGGCUCAACAUUGCAGAAGCUGCUGCACUGUUUCUUUCCCGCCAGAUGGACACUGAGAGCGCGGAUGAUGGCAUGUCUAGCGGCGAUUCGCCGUCGAAGCAGCAGCAGCAGCUGAUGCAGCGCAGCAGCAGCGGCAGCAGCAGCAGCAGCAGCAGCAACUGCAAGAGCCGCGUGCUGCAGCCAUUUCUCCAUGCGCUGCUUCAGCUGGACCCUCUCCCGCUGCUGCCAAUAGAAGUGCUGCAGCAUUUGGCGCUGCACUGCAACUGCAGCAGAGAAGCUCUGCAGCUGCUGCAGCACAGCUACCUGCAUGCGCUUUCUGCUGCAGAUGAUGCAGCAGCAGCAGCAGCUGCUGCUGCUGCUGCUCCCCCUGUCCCGCCAGCAGCGCCCAGCCCUGUAAAACGGCCUGCAACUUCUGCUGCUGAGUCGCUGCAGCAACAGCAGCAGCAGCAGCAGCAGAUGGACUUCGGUCUUCGAAAGUUCCAAUUCUUUGACGACGACAUAGAGCCAGAAAGGGACCCGGCAGCAGCUUCUGCUGCUGUUGCUGCUGCUGCGGCCGAUGGACAGCAGCAGGGAGACCCAGCAGCAGUUGCAGCUUACAAGAAGCAGCAGCAGCAGUAUGCGUCUCUAGCUCGCAAGGCUGCUUCGGUGAGCACUUGGCGGAGGUUUACGCACACCUCGAAGAAAGCGACUACAGAGUGGGAGUCAUCAACAGCCGCGCCCGCUGCCUCCCAACAGCAGCAGCACUUUCUUUGA